CGAAAUAUAAAAACUGCAGCAGUACCAGUGUCCACAGGUAGUAUUCCACAGACAACAGUCCAGGGAAGUGAGUAAAAGUUCGCUGAAAACAUGAGAAGUCUAAUACUAAUUGCUUUGGUGUGCACAGUAUUGGCAGCAAUGUUGCACUCAGCCAAUGCUCAGAUGCCACAAAUGCCGGAGAUGCCUCAAAUGCCCGGUAUGCCCGGCUCUAAAGGCUUUGCGGGUCGUGCACGUCGUGCUGCACAAGGCGGCGGCGGUGGUGCUGGCGGUGGCGCAGGAGCAGGCGCUGGAAUGGGAUUCGGCAUGGGCGCUAAUAUGGGCGGUCAAGCCGGUGGCGGUGGGCAAGGUGGUCGCUAAGAAUAUUUUGAAAAAUAAUUAUUUAAUGUAAUAAAACAGAGCAGUAUAGGA